ACGCUGAAUUUUAGUCUAUCUGGAAUUUUAUACCUGAAAACAUCGUUUGCGACCAGGGGCUUUCGAUGCGUGCUCGCCGACGCCGCUAGCGCCCGCUUUUACGAGACGAUUUUCGAGACGACAUCGACGACAUCGACGUUCGUUCGUUCGUGCGUGCGUGCGUGCCCCCGAUUCGCAGUUCGAUGUAGUUUUAUUGUAGGGUUUGAUUUGAUUUUGUGUGCAUUUGAAUGCAGUUUCGGCAAACAACCCAAAAAAGCGUAAAAGAACGACACGGCGUGUGACAAACAACAGUGACAAGUGACCGACCCUGACGGAGCAGAUCGAUGGUUCAGUGCUUGCCGCCAAUACUCGAAGGUAUUGUGGUUCGCGACCGAUGAGUGUGGCCGUGGCCGGUGGAAUGCAUCCGAUCCAAGGGGAAGCAAAAACAGCACAACUCCCCAUAACCAUGUGAAGGUGUGUGUGUGUGUGUGCGUGUUGGAAGAAAAGUUGCAAAUAUCACAGCAAACAAAACAGUGCAUUUAGUGAUGAAAAGAAAAAGAUCGUGCUUUUGGUGAUUGAGGCGAGGCGAACAAGCCGCAUCCAGCAGUGAAACACCGAACGAAGAAGCUCAAGUGUGAAGCUGUGUGUACGUGUUUGUCGUACAUGCGUGUGCAUCAUCGUGAGGUGUGUGUGUGUUAGAAGAAAGAAAAGAAAACAAAACAAACAGUUGCACCAGAUUCGGGGCUAGAGCGUGGCAUCAAACACGGCUUCCCUCACGAACGCAGUAACACCCGGUGCGGAGGGAGCAGAAGCAGGCGGAGGAGGAGAAGGAGGAGGCAUCAAGCAGGUGGGCACGACUUCCACUUCCGCUUCCACCGUGGUGGCCCCUCCCGUCGCUGCCCCCACCACUGGCCACCGAAUGCAGCCGACCAUUCCGCAGAGCACGGGAGGCAGUGAUAUGGACCUCCCUGCCGUCCAGCCUAUGGAUUGGUUGUUCAAAAAGGAGCGCAUCUAUCUGCUAGCACAGUUUUGGCAACAGCGUGCCACGUUGGCGGAAAAGGAGGUAAACUCGCUCAAGGAGAAACUGUCGACCACGGACCGCGGAGUCAGCAACAACAACAACAACAACAAUAACGACGGUAACGAUAUGGACGUCACGGCACCGCCACUACCGCCAUCGCUUGCCACCUCGGCGACACUGCCACCGUCCGUGCCACUGGCCACGUCGCCGACACCACCGACGGUCUCCUCGCCGAUGAUCGUCGAACAGAACGGUAUCACACCACCAUCGCCCUCGACCACACCGGUCUCCGAGAGCGGCAGCAUCCAUCGUCCGGAGGGAGCGCUCAGUCCGAGCGAAAAGCCCCACGGCGGAGCUCGAUCACCGAUGGCACGCGCCCGCACACCGGACCUCGAUCGUAAGGUGCAGCAGGAGCUGGCCGCUCUGGCGCACUCCAUCAACAACAACAACUGCCUCGCCAGCAGUAACAACAAUCACAGCAGCAAUCGAUCGCCAACCCAAUCGCCUCCGACCACGGUUGGCGACAAGAUGGAUUACGACAGUGCGACGGGUGUGUCGAAGGGCAAGACGAAGGAAGAGUCGACCGUCAGCGAGUGCCACAAAGCGAGCAGCAGUGAGAAGCUGAACCACUCUGCGGAAACGAACUGCAGCGGAGGCGAAACGGACUCACCGGCCAAGGAGCCGGCGCUGGACAGCAGAACAAGAUCCCUGACGGAGGAGCUAUCGGCUAAGGAUCGUGAGAUAUCGCUCCUGUUCGAGGAAGUUGGACGGCUGCGGACGGCCAUCGCCAACAUUCAGGAAUCGCACAACCUGCAGAUCCAGCGGCUCGAGGACCGGCUGGAGGAGAAGCGGCAACACAUCGUGCGGCUCGAGUCGCGCAUCGAAAAGCAGCAGGACUUUGACGAUAUCAAAAAGGAAAAUAGUAUGCUUCGCUCGGUCGAUCUGAGUGCGUCCCACGAGUCGAAACAAUUCCAGGAGCUACUGCUCGAACGCACCAAAGCGCUGGCGGCACAAACGGAGGCAAUCAAAUCGUCAUCGGCCACCUCGGAAGAUCUGCACCAUGGCGCGGGCCUGCAGGACCAAGACAAGGCCAGCAGCCACCACGAGAACUCGUCCUCCGCCAGCACGCCCGUCCUGCGCGAGGACUCGUCCCGGCACGACGACCGCCACCUGAACGGGGGCGGCGGCCUCACGCCCAUGUCCAUCUCCAAGAGCCCGCUCGAGGACAACAACAACACGCUCGGUGCGCUCAGCCGGCUGGAUGGGGCGGCGUCCGGCAAUCUCAUACAGGGACUUCCGUUUCAAUUCCAAGAGCGUGGACAUUUCCGGUUUGCCGACGCGUCCGACAUGCAGAUGCCGCCGGGCUCGAUGGUCGGCCGGCUCGGCGACUCGCUCAUCCCGAAGGGCGACCCGAUGGAGGCGAAGCUGCAGGAGAUGCUGCGCUACAACAUGGACAAGUACGCCAACCAGAACCUCGACACGCUGCACAUCUCGCGCCGUGUCCGGGAGCUGCUGUCGGUGCACAACAUUGGCCAGCGGCUGUUCGCCAAGUACGUGCUCGGCCUGUCGCAGGGCACCGUGUCGGAGCUGCUGUCCAAGCCGAAGCCGUGGGACAAGCUGACGGAGAAGGGCCGGGACAGCUACCGGAAGAUGCACGCCUGGGCGUGCGACGAGAACGCCAUCAUGCUGCUCAAGUCUCUCAUCCCGAAGAAAGGUGCAGAACCGGGAAUGCCAUCCUACGGUCGGCCGGACGGUGAUCUCAGCGACGACCGCAUGCAGCAAAUCCUGUCCGAAGCGUCGAUGAUGAAGCGUGGCGAGCCGCCGACUCCACAGCAGCAGGCCCACCACCAGCAGCAGAUGCGGGAACAGAUGCAGCUCCAGCAGCACCAACUGCAGCAGCUUCAUCUGAGCGGACUGGACGACUCGACGCAGCACAGCGACAACGACUCCAAGUCGCCGCACAAUCGCGACGUCCAUUCGCCCUUCUCCAAAGAUUAUCUCGGCGGACGGCUCGGAAGCACCGGACGGCCCAAGAAGUACGACAACGACGACAUCUCGCAGGACAAGAUCGCCAAGAUCUACCAGGAAGAGUUCUCCAAGCUGAUGCGCAGCCCGCGAGACUUCCCCAAUCUUCUGUUUCCACAUUUCCUCAGCGGUGCGAUGCCUCCCGUGGAUCGCCCACAGGACGACAACCUGCGGCUAGCGUUCGAGGCCUACCAUCGGGAGCUGGCCAAACUGCAGCAGAACGCUUCGGCCGGCCUGCCCGGUAUGCCCAACAUUUCCAACCUUCCCAACUUCUUGGCACUCCAGCACCAGCAGCAGCAGCAGCAGCAGCAGCAGCAGCAACAGCCACAACAACCGUCGCAACCUUCCACCCCAUCCGGACAGCCGUCGACUCCUUCGCAGCCAUCGCAGCAUGCCGCGACCGGGCUGAACGGUGGCGCCGUGCAAGACCUAUCCCUGCCAAAAGAGAAGCAAUCGUCCGCCUCCAAGCUGAACGGUACCAUAUCCGAUGCCGAGUCCGAUGCCGACAUGAGCCAGAAGGAGCUGGACGACAGCAUGAAGCACAGCGCCUUCAGCCUGGUCAAACCAAAGCCCUCGGAACCGUCGGGCAUGUGUACGCCCACCACGACGGCCUCCUCGGCGGCCCCGAGCCCCAUCGGUAACAGCAUCCUGCCCCCGACAAUCACGCCCACGGACGACUUCUCCGUGGCGGCCAGUCCGCUGCAACGGAUGGCAUCGAUCACCAACUCGCUCAUCACGCAGCCGCCCGUCACGCCACAUCACACGACGCAGCAGCGCCCGCUGAAAGCCAUCCUGCCGCCCAUCACGCAGCAACAGUUCGAUCUGUACAACAACCUCAACACGGAGGACAUCGUGCGGCGCGUCAAGGAGUCCCUCUCGCAGUACUCCAUCAGCCAGCGGCUGUUCGGCGAGUCCGUGCUCGGGCUGUCGCAGGGUUCGGUCAGCGAUCUGCUCGCCCGUCCGAAGCCCUGGCACAUGCUCACCCAGAAGGGCCGCGAACCGUUCAUCCGCAUGAAGAUGUUCCUGGAGGACGAGAACGCGGUGCACAAGCUAGUCGCCAGCCAGUACAAGAUCGCGCCGGAGAAGCUGAUGCGCACGGGCAACUACAGCGGUACGCCCCAGCUGCCCGGCAUGCACCUGCCGAAGCAAAUGCCCCCGACGAUGCCGAAGAUGCUGAGCGACUCGAUCAGCAAGCUGCAGCAGGAUCAGCAGAAAACGCUGCUCCAGCUGCAGAUCUCGCAAAUGCAGCAGCAACUGCCCAACGCACAGGCUGCCCAAGCCGCCGCUGCCGCCCAGCAUCAGCAUCAACUGGCCGCUGCAGCUGCUGCCGCAGCCGCCGCCCAUCACGCGGCCCAGGUGCAGGAAGUCCAGCGCCACUCUGCCCAACAACCGCCCUCCUCCUCCUCCUCCUCCUCGCAGCCAUCGCCGCUCGGUGCCAUGGGCGGCUCGCAGAACUCCUCCGCACAGCAGCGACCUCAGCAGGCCUCGCCCCAGACGAUGCUCCUGACGCCUCCGGGCAUUCCUCCCCAGCAUGCCAUCGCUCUGCAGGGCCAUGCCGGCGCGCCAGACAAGAAGUCCUCCAUCAUGAUGCCGAUCCACUCGCCCGUCCCGCAAGGUCCGCCCGCUUCCGUGGGUCAGCACGCGGCCCAGCCGGGCGCACCCAACUCGAUGCGCGGCUCGCUCCACCAGCACAUCUCCCCGACGGUGUACGAGAUGGCGGCGCUCACGCAAGAUCUCGACACGCAGGUGAUCACGACCAAGAUCAAGGAGGCACUGUUGGCGAACAACAUCGGCCAGAAGAUCUUCGGCGAGGCCGUGCUCGGGCUGUCGCAAGGAUCCGUUUCCGAGCUGCUGUCCAAACCGAAGCCCUGGCACAUGCUGAGCAUCAAGGGCCGCGAGCCGUUCAUUCGCAUGCAGCUGUGGCUGAGCGACGCCAACAACGUCGAGCGACUGCAAGUACUGAAGAACGAGCGGCGCGAAGCCAGCAAGCGGCGUCGAUCGACCGGCCCUGGAGGACAGGACAAUAGCAGCGACACCUCGAGCAACGACACGUCCGAGUUCUAUCACUCCAACUCGCCCGGCCCGGGAUCGGUCGGGUCGCAAACGGCUCCACCCAACAAGAAGCAGCGCGUACUGUUCUCCGAAGAGCAGAAGGAAGCGCUGCGACUCGCGUUCGCCCUCGAUCCUUACCCCAACGUGCAGACAAUCGAAUUCCUGGCCAGCGAGCUCGGCCUCUCCACCCGCACCAUCACCAACUGGUUCCACAACCACCGGAUGCGCCUGAAGCAGCAGGUCCCGCACGGUCAGCCCUCGGAACCGAUCCCGUCGCGUGAAAACCAAACCGGAGCACCCUUCGAUCCGGUGCAGUUCCGCGUCCUGCUCGGCCAGCGGCUGAUGGAGAUCCAGAAGGAGCGGCUGGGACUGAGCGGCAUGCCGCUCCCCUACCCGCCCUACUUCGCCGCCACCGCACCGGCCACCAAUCUGGCCGCACUGAUCGGGCGUGGAUUCAUGCCGGGCAGUGAGGCCGACCUGGCGGCACUCAACAAGAGCAUCAGCGAGCAGAUGAGCGGCCUCGACCUGUCCAUGCCAUCGACGCUCAAGCGCGAGGGCGACGACGACUACGAGGAUGACGCCGAGAACGAAGAGGAAGCCGGCAGCGGGCACCUGAGCGAUUCGGAAUCGAUGGACAGCAGCAGCAAGCGGGGCGGCGACGAGGACGAUCUCAGGACGUCCUUGUCGCUCGCCAGCCUGCAGGCCAUGUCGCGGAUCAGCCGCCGCAAGCCAGCCGCCCCCCAGUGGGUCAACCCGGAGUGGCAGGAUCCGGACAAAAAGCCGGCGUCCGCCGCCACGGCAGUCUCCAACAUUCCCUCCUCCGUCGCCGCCAAGAAAGAUGCCGCCGAUGCCAUCAUCAACGGGGUGUGCGUUCUGCAGCCGCCGGACGGUGUGCCCUCGGUGCAGCAGCGCUUUGCCGCGGCCAUGGCAGCGGCCGCCGCUGCCGCCGUGGCGGCGGCCACCGGUGCCGGUGCGACCGUGCCUUCCCAAAGCCCCGACGACCCGUCGAGCGACGCCGAACACGAGGAGGAUGACGUCAAGUCGACCCAUUCCAAACACUCCUCGUACGGGUCGGAAGGAAAGCUGGACGAGGAGCGACCCCGAACCGCGCACGAUCCCGAGUCGGAAUCGGAGGCACCCUCGGACGCGUUACGACCGGCGGAAGAUGCGUCGGAUGCGGCGCAGGAAAGCAACGGCAACCGAUCGGGUGCCACCAGUCCCGCCGGUUCGUCCGUCACCGUCAAGAAGGAAAUCCUCGACGACAACCACAGCGAUCGAUGGGAUGCGUACUAAAACCCAACUCCAUCCCCCGUUCAACGCGGUUCUAAACCGCAUCUGUGGGACAGUGCAGGCGUGUGCAUGUGUGUGUGUGGCAGUGGUGAUACAGGACGCUGGUAGCCCAGGUAUCAGUGCAAUCAAAAAUGGACGCAUCCAAAAUGGACGUUGGACAAACGAAAAGUGUCACUCCCGAGCGGGGCGAGCGGGCGAGAGAGGCGACAAAUGUAGCAAACAAAACCAAGAGAAAGUAGACAGCGUCAGCUGGCGCUGUAUGUGAUUGUUCUAAACCUUCUGUUUUCCUUUCAAUGCUCUACCUUUCGCUCUAUUUUGUUUCGACCAUAUCGCAACAUCGAUCGCAACAAGCGUGAUACGAUCGCACGGGGUACGAUCGCAAAUAUUCUUUCAAACCUCCCAACACUUGUACAUAGCAUAUGUUCUUGUAAAGCAAAUGUAUUCCCCUGUUUUUUUUUUUAAUUCUGUUUCCUGUUCUCGCUAUUCUUUAUCACUGUAAGAAGACUGUUAAAAGUGAAGUUUUAAAAACAAAUGAAUAACCAGAUGUAAGGCAUUGAGCCAUUGCAAGCGCAGAUCGCUAGCAACAGCGCAAUACAAAAAGAGCUACAAAGCAGGCGGGCUCGGUUAGACGUUAAGACACGUUCAAUAUUUAAAUGAAACUAUGGUUUAAUUGUACGGAAUAGCACGAAUACAAAGAAACGAAGCGCGCUUCGGCUUAUCGGUUAGGUUUUAUUAUGCUUACGUUACUCCUUUUCCUUUGCUUAUGUUUUUACAUAGUUUAUAGAUCCAGCGAUCCAGCGAACAGCAGGGCUUAAGUCGUGAGUUAAGGAAUCUCUCCGCCUUCCGCUAGCGGAGCGGGAGCAUGGAACGAAACGAACCGAGCGACGACGCUCGUGAAAUGCAUUUAUAUGUUUUUUUUAAUCAAAUCUUGUAGAUAUCAACAAACGGACGGCGCAGCGGUGGGAAUGGAGUCAAGCAAAGAAAAUUCUAAUAAACGUACUUAGCGAGACAAAACAAUGUAUGCAAAAACAAAACCAAAACCAUUACAUACCAUACACAGAAGGAAAGGCAACAUAUUCAAAUCCCGAAAUCGCGUUGGACACGGCCAAGGAGCAAAUCAAAACAACUCAAAUCGUAUUUAAGUAUAUGAAUCAAUCAAAAUUUAUCCAACCUUUUUGGAGCAGGACGAGGACGAUCAGUAGCGAGUGAGGGUGAGAUAUUUUAAGACAAAAUUACACACUUAUGCGCUCAUCAACUUCCGCCAUGCGCCUGUUUGUGCGCUAUUCUCGCACGCACGACAAGAAAAGGGCGAUUUGUUUGUUUUGUAAAUUAUAUUAAUCAUAACUUCAGCCCGCCCACAGGCAGGUGGGAUCGUCGAGUGGGAUUAUAGUUAAACAAACAUAUGCACACACACACACCCAACCACAAACACACACAUUAUACACGGACUUGUACACAAAUACAAACUGAAAAAAGGCCAAAUAUAUUGUUAAAGUCUAA